AUGUGUUCAAGGGAAGCAAAGUGUCGCGAAACACCGUGGAAAGCGAAGUCAUUAGCCGAGCGCAGCAAAUGCAUGUGGAACAACUCUUUCCUUGCUGAUGUCGAAUUUUCGUUUCCAGAGUCAUCGAGUGACAACAAAUGUGUCGUUGUACCGGCUCACAGCUACAUCCUCGCUAUAAGUAGCCCGGUAUUCUUGAACAUGUUAACAGGAGACUCGAGGAAUCGAAAAACGACUGUUCACAUCGCUGACUGCGAUCCGGAGAUUUUCCAAGUCUUCCUUCGUUAUCUUUACAGCGAAGAACUGGAACUUACCGUGGAUUGUUUACAAGAUUUGGUACUUUUAGCCUCAAAGUAUUCUGUUGCUAGCUUGGUUGAGAAAUGUCUGCAAUUCAUGAAGGAUAAUUUGAAUACUUCCAAUGUUUUCGUCGUGUUACAGUGCUCGGAGCUGCUUAAAGACAAAGCUUUGCUGAAACGGUGUUGGGAUAUCGUGGAUUUGCAAACGAAUGAAGUUAUUAAAUCCGACAGAUUUUUCAAUCUCGAUGAAGAUUUCAUGUUAAAGUUUCUACAAAGAGACUCUCUUGUAGUUAGGGAAAUAGAACUGUUCAGAGCAUUUUACCACUGGAUUGCUCUUCAGAGUAGAAAGCAAGACGGAAAUUCGUCACUUCAGGAACCCGAGGAAGGGAAGUUCGUAUACUCGCGACUCGUAAAUCAUAUUCGCUUUCCAGUCAUGUCACGAAGAGAUUUUGCCGAGACUGUUCCACAAACGAACCUUCUCUCUAAAGACGAUGUCAUAAACAUGUUUUCGUUUUUUUCCUCUGUGCCUGACGUUGAUGUUAGUUUUUCAAAGAAACCGAGAGCAGGCACAUUAAAACACUGUCGCUUAUUUCCCGAAACCCGCAAGUGGUUUAUGUAUUCAGGAUCCUGCCCGGAAUAUUUGACAUUUUCAGUGAAUUCGUCAAUUUCUCUUUAUGGCGUUCGAAUGUUUGGUUGCGAAAGUGGGAAAUAUUCUGUGUGCCUGGAAAUCUUUGCUCAGACUGAACCUACGAAACUUUUAGCAGCCAGGAACGGGAUUUAUGAAUGCGACAGCGAAAUGAAAGAUGGCUACUUCGGGUUUGAUUUUGUUUUAGAAAAACUGUGUGAGCUGAAGGCAAACACGCGGUACACAAUCAAAGUCUUGCUAGACGGCCCUCCUUCGUCUUAUGGUUGUCAUGGUUAUUCGGUAGUGGAAUGCGGAGGCGUAACAUUCAGUUUUUCUCGAGAUAACUGCCCGAUAUUUUCGCGAUUCCGGGCCGGACAAUUCGCUGAAGUUAUUUUUCUGAAGUAA